AUGGCCGAGGAAACACCGCCAACGCCAAUCCACACCUACCACUGCCUCUGCACCACACUCGUCUUGAGCACGAAGCAUGACCUACAAACCCUUCCUCGGCGGCAGGAACCCGUGCAAGACGCCGCCCUGAUUCUGGCUCCGCCCGUCGACAUAACUAGGUCUGAUGAAAUUGAGCUAGGAAGUGCGCAGACAGCGAGUUCUGUUAUGCUCAACGUUGCACCGCAACGCAAACCCGUCAUAAUUCGAAGGGAAGAUGGAUUCGAGAGAAGAACGUUGCUCAAGUGUGCCAGAUGCAAACUAGUCCUAGGAUACAGUCUAGACGAGGCUCAUUGGGCGAAUGCGGAGGGACGAGCAAGGCCUCUCUAUCUGCUCCCUGGUGGUCUGCUCAGCACGGCGGAAAUGGUAGGGGGCAAGGAACCGGCAACUCCUGCCUGGGCGGAACAAAAAUAG